AUGGAGCUCGCCUUGGCAUGUGACGUGCGCUUCGCUGCACCGGACGCGGUGUUCGCCCUGCCCGAGACGGGCCUGGGCCUGAUCCCCGGCGGCGGUGGGACACAGCGUCUGGGCUCCGUGGUGGGGCCAGGUCGGGCCUUGGAUCUGCUGCUGACGGGUGAUCGAAUGGACGCCCAGCGGGCCUUGACCAUCGGUCUGGUCACCCGGGUUGCCGGAAGCCCGGAAUCGUUGAAUGACGAGGUCACCGCGCUGGCUGAGCGCAUCGCUGUGAAGCCACCCACAGCCACGCUGUUCGUCAAGCAAGCGGCGCGUGCGGCCACGCAGCUUGAUCUCAAGAGCGGCCUUGACCUGGAACUCGAUCUGUUCGCCAUGCUGGUCCCGAUGCACGAUGUCAAGGAAGCCGCGCUGGCAUUUCGCGAGAAGCGAGCGCCGUGUUUCACCGGUGAGUGA